AAGGGCCAGUGAGUGACCUGCGCUCCGGGCGCUGUAUCCUGGCUGCGGAAGGAUGGCGGGGGCCGCAUGCUGCUUCUCGGACGAGCAGUUCCGGGAGGCUUGUGCUGAACUCCAGAAACCGGCGCUGACCGGGGCCGAUUGGCAGCUCCUGGUAGAGGCCUCAGGCAUAACCAUCUACCGGCUGCUGGACCAGCCAAGUGGACUUUAUGAGUAUAAGGUGUUCGGUGUCCUGGAAGGCUGCUCGCCGGCUCUCCUCGCAGAUGUUUACAUGGACUUAGACUACAGAAAACAAUGGGACCAGUAUGUGAAAGAACUCUACGAGAAGGAGAGUGAUGAACAGAUGGUGGCAUACUGGGAAGUGAAGUACCCUUUCCCGCUGUCCAACAGAGAUUACGUCUACACCCGCCAGCGCCGAGACCUGGAUGUGGACGGGAGGAAGAUCUACGUGGUCCUGGCCCAGAGUAUCUCGGCACCUCAGUUUCCCGAGAAGUCUGGGGUCAUCCGAGUGAAACAGUACAAACAGAGCCUGGCGAUCGAGAGUGACGGCAAGAAGGGGAGCAGAGUUUUCAUGUACUACUUUGAUAACCCGGGUGGCCAAAUUCCGUCCUGGCUCAUUAACUGGGCAGCCAAGAAUGGAGUUCCAAACUUUUUGAAGGACAUGGUGAAAGCGUGUCAGAACUACCACAAGAAAACCUAAGGAGGGGACUGGGACUCCGUCAUCCAUGAAGGACAUCUCUGGCUGUGCUACACCACCUGAGGCUCGCCCUUCCAUUCAUACUUCCCAUCUUCAAAGCGCUACUCAUUCCCAAGCAACCUUGCCUCUGGCCAGCUCCAUCGGCUCCAUUGCUGCCUUCUUUCCCAAUGGUCAUACUCAGAGCCUGUUACCUUCUUCCACUAUUGAAUGGGGCCCAUGCUUGUUUAUGUUUCAUUAGGGAAAUCCUUAGUGGGGGGAAAAGGCGCCAUUCUGUUGUGCCAUUUGGGGGGGAAUGGGUGAAAGGAGGAAGGACGACAAGCUAUAGAAGCAGCCCUUCUUGGAAAGCAGGCUCACUUCAGGACUCUCUCUUGCACCCAGAAGUGGUCUUUAGCCCACAGUUGACCUUCCAUGUUCGAAUACUGGAGAUAGAGUGAUGUCUGUUCUCUUGAUGCCUCGCUGAUUCGGAUAGGCUGGGGUUUGGGGUGACAAGCAAGUGGGGCUGUGUUUCCCCCUUGGGCGGCAUUAGUAGCUACUAUGAUAUCAGACUCCUCUGAGGGGUGUCCCAGCACUAACGGAGCAUAUGUUGAGAUGACCAAGGCUUCCUAAUUGCCCACAUCUGGAUUUUUCCUUUCCCAUCCACUGAGAAAUAGCUGCCUCUACCUCUCGAGCUGUGCAUUUGACUGCAAGCCUCAGGCUUCAAAGAUGGCUUGCGCAUAGCCCAAUGAUAGUGUCUUCCUAUGUACUAAGGUGACUUUCCAUUCUAGACUGUUUGGAGAUGUUGAAGGGACAGUAAUGGUUUACAAUGGAGUGAAAUGGAAGUAGUGAUUUGAUGUGCUCUUUGCCCCCCCCCACCCCCACAAGGUUUCUCUGUGUAGCCCUGGCUGUCCUGGAACUCAUUCUAUAGACCAGGUUAGCCUCGAACUCAGAAAUCCACCUGCCUCUGCCUCUCGAGUGCUGGGAUUAAAGGCGUGUACCACCACUGCCCGGCACUUCGCCUUUUUCUUAGGAAUUCUACCUCUUCAAAACAGGAACUCAGAACCCUGCGUUUGAUCCUCGAUGUUAGUAGGAAAAUACAUUCUGUAGCCAAGACACAGCCUUAAUGAUCUCAGGGGAAAAUUGUAACCACUGUGUGCAAACCUUGAUUAACGAACAUGGACACUCAGGAUGCAAAGGCAGAAGAAAGGGAUUGUUUAAGUGGGAUUCCUUAAAGUGUACGUUCUUUUCUGGGAAGAAAGUUGUGUUCUGUGAAUAAACGCAGUGACUUAGGCUUCUCUGUGUGCUGUCUCCCUCUUACCUUUCUUUGUGGAAGAAGGAAUUAGUUAUGUUGCCUCUUCUGUUUGCAGGGACACCUGGCCCAGCUCAAGACUAGAAAGAAGGGAAGAAAGAAAGGAAGAGGGGGAAGGAGGAAGGGAGGGACAGACAGACAGACAGACAAACAGAAAAUUUGUGGCUGGAGAGAUGGCUCAGCUGUUUAUAACACUGAGUGUUCUUUCAGGGGACACUGGUUCACGUUUAGAUUGCCAACACACAAGUGGCAACUCAUCUCCUUCUAUGUAAUUUCAGUUUCAGGGCAUGUGACACCCUCUUCUGGCUUCCACAGAUAACUGCAUGCAAAUCAUGCCCUUAUGGACAUGCAGGCAAAACACCCAUUAAAUUUAAAUGCAUCUUUUUUAAGAAGAGAGAAUUUACAGCUCACUUACAUUCAAGGUCACGUACAACUUCUGGAAGGAACCAGUAGAGUGCUUGGUUACAUUUAAAAUUCAGCUUUGUUCUUCAAUUUCUCUAAAUUUGAUGAUAGGGUUGGUACUAAUAGCAGUAAAAAGGCUCAUGCCAAGCAGGGUAGAAAGGAAGGAAAGAAGGAAGAGAGGGCAGGAGGGAGGAAGGGAAGAAGGAAGAUUUCUUGUCAAUGAACACAGCUUCUCUCUAAUUUUAACUUUCCCUGUGGCAUACGCCUAUUGAUCCCGGGAAUAAGAUUAUACAAGUAAACGAAUGCUUCGUAAAAUUGUCAUUAAAACGCCAUUAGCAAUAAGUGUCUGGUAUUUGAUUUUCGAAAUAUGGGAACUCAUUGUCAUAUAUCGUGAGUGUAAGUUAAUCCCUGAGCAGUCUCCUUGAGAUGUAAACAAAGAUCAAAGCUUUUGAACAGGAUCGAC